AAACGUUGCUAGCUUUGUAACUAGUGGCCGGUUUCCCGUCGCGUCAGCCUUUUCCCAGUGCGCGGAGCCCCAACGAGGAAGGUGUUAGUGCUUUAUCAUUGGGUCAAUAAUGCUAAUCCCUCUUUUUGUGCUACUCCUAGGGGGUGUCCAUCUACACUAUAUCAACCCCUUGAUCAAACCAUACCAACAUGGUUACAAACCAAAACCAUUAAUGGCAUUCUUCUUCCUCUUCUUGAUUUUUUUCACUCUGCUCCAAAAACCACUCUUUUCCAUAGCAACUCUCCAUGGUACCUCUCUGUUUAAAUCACAGCUCAUUACCCAGCUAGACUCUUCUUCCAAGAACAAUAAUGCAACCCCAACAACCUAUUUUGAAGUAACCAAACCUAUAAAUCUCCCCAAAACCAAUCCUUGUUCAUAUUUAGUCCUUAAACAUGACUUUGGUUACACAUAUGGAAAACCCCCUUUUCUUGCAAACUACACACCCCCUUUUAGUUGCCCAUCUCAGAAAUUUUCCAAGAUUGUUUUGGAAUGGAAAUCAACUUGUGAAGGAAGGCAAUUUGAUAGAAUUUUUGGGGUUUGGCUUAGUGGGGUUGAGAUUUUCAGAAGCUGCACUGCUGAACCAAGGGCUAAUGGAAUUGUUUGGACUGUCAAGAAGGAUAUUACAAGGUAUUACUCUUUGCUUAUGAUGAAAAAUCAAAUUUUUGCUGUUUAUAUGGGGAAUUUAGUUGAUAGUACUUACACUGGUGUAUAUCAUGUGGAACUCUUUAUUCAUUUUUAUCCUGCUGAAGAAAUGUAUAAGCGAAAUUCGUACGAGGCAUUUGAUUCUAGGGCUGAUUUGAUCUUACCUAUUUCGAGGAACAUGCCGUUGAAUGAUGGAUUGUGGUUUGAGGUUGAGAAUUCUACAGAUGUUCAGUCAAAAGAGUUUGAAAUUCCACAAAAUGCUUAUAGGGCUGUACUGGAAGUUUAUGUUUCCUUUCAUGAGAAUGAUGAGUUUUGGUAUAGUAAUCCACCGAACGAUUAUAUUCGUGCAAAUAACCUUACUGAUACACCAGGGAAUGGAGCUUUUAGGGAAGUAGUAGUUAGUGUGGAUGAUGUGGUGGUUGGUGUAGUUUGGCCGUUCACGGUGAUCUAUACCGGGGGUGUCAAUCCUCUCUUGUGGAGACCUAUAAGCGGGAUCGGAUCGUUUGAUCUUCCAUCAUAUGAUAUUGAAAUAACGCCAUUUAUAGGGAAGAUUUUAGACGGAAAUAUGCAUAAGAUUUCAUUCAGUGUCACUAAUGCUCUUAAUGUGUGGUACAUUGAUGCAAAUUUGCAUCUUUGGUUGGAUGAUAAGAGUAUAAAGACAGAAGGGAAGUUAUUGAAGUAUACUAGUCUGCCUCUUUCGUUUUCUCUUAGGACAAAUUUUACAGGCAUUGAUGGAUCUUUCGUCACAAAUGCUAGUAGAUCAAUCACAUUGACAGGAUGGGUUAAGUCAUCCUACGGGAACAUCACUACUAAGUCAGCUCAAGUUUUAAGUUAUAGUAAUUAUAUGGUGGAGGGUAACGGAGGAAAUUUGCAAAAUGUGGAUCAGAUUAUUUAUUUCAAUGAAACUGUUGAUGUCGUGAGGCCAACUUCAUAUGUUCAGUCUCGUAAGUCCUUCAAAAAGUUUCUGCUUCUCUUGCAUUCUGACAAUGUAGACAAAGGAGAUGAAAGCUAUGCCUCAAUCUCAAAUGUUACGUUGGGAUUUGAUGAUAAUAGGAUAAAGACUUCCAAGAACGUAUCGUCAGCCAGCUCUACUGAAAACAUGCAAAAAGCACAGGGACAUAUUCUUGUAAAGGGGCAAUUGGUUGUCAGUGGGAUCGGGAGUACCCAACAAGUCUAUAAAUAUAAGGAUGAUUCAUUCUGCUACUCCAGGAACAUAAGCAGCUCAAAUUACACAAUACAUUAUGAUAAAGUUAGCGAUAAUUGCCCCAGAAUCACUUUGUCUCGUUUGCCUUUCAGCUUUGGCAAAUUUCAAUCUGUUCCUGCUCGAAGGGUCUCUUUGGCAUCUCAUCUUGGUGAUGUUAAAGAUGGUGUCUGACAUUGCUCCAUUUUAUUGUCUUCCACUCCUUCAACAUAACAGUUCCUCUAUGUUUACUGCUGUCAAAGAAGUUGUCAACUGUCACGGCCUUCCAAUUAUGAUUGUAAGGCAAUACUUCUGCAUUGCCUCUUUUGUUUCUUGCGUUUGUUCGGGUUUUCACUUUGUGCAAUAAGAGACAAGUUUCAAACAAUAGCAUCACCUUGCAUUUGUGUUGCUGGAUAUUCCAAGAUUAAACUUCACUAAAAUUGUCACCAGUGGUUUUCCCUGGGAGAAUUAUACUUAAAGUGAUAUUACAAUUUACCUGAAUCACUUUGUUGUACUAACAAUUAACUGUCUGAAGUUUAUUUGCCUAUUUUUGUUCCCAUUUCCUC